AAUGUUCUACUAUGUGUUUUGCGCUCAUGGAGCCAGAAGAGGAAGAGACAGACAGUUGGUCGAUACAGCAGAGGCCUCAUGGCAAAACGACCGUUUAGUGAGCAACAGACUUAAUAAAAAUCACCUAAUAAUGUGUCAUAAGUAGUGUGUCAUCAAGUCUUACAAGCAUGUGAGACAUCUAAGAGUGAAACAUUAUGAUUUUGAGAAAUCAUGUGCAUCUAAUACACUUGAAUUAACAUUUAUUACAAAUAAUGACGUCAAUGAUGUCAAAAAUAGGUGAUUUGCAGAGUUUUAUAAAUCUAGUUGCUAUUUGUGCAGUGAAAAGACAAACAACACAUGUUUUACAGGCACAUAUACCAAAUAUCCUCUAACGCCUCUAAUUAGAUGGUUAUUACAUCUGGAUUCCUCUUCAUAUGAUGUAUGGCCUGAAGAUAAAAUGUGAAGAUCAGUUAAGAACAGAAGAAAAAAACUGAAGGCCUGAGAGACUGCGAACCACUCAGUAUCGAUCGAUGUCAUCUGUCAUCGUCUCUCUGCUACCCGUCCUUAUGUACCGUCCCAGUUGAGGCAAACUCAGUCGAUACCCGAGUGACCGAUUAGAACAUUGUCCCGUUUAUUUCGCCCGGUUUCUGCCGACUCGCGGGUAGUUCAAGCGGGAUGGAAAGCGACUUGUCGUUCUCCUCUCGCCGGUCCCCCGUGGUGUGCUUACACGGCUGUGUGUCAUCCAGCCAGCCGCUGGCGACCGGUGUGGGACUCGAUGUCUUGAAGCGGGGCGGUAAUGCAGCAGAUGCUGCGGUUGCCAUAGCAGCAGCGCUGGCGGUAACAGAGCCGUGCAGCACCGGCCCUGGCGGAGACGCCUUCUGCUUGUUCUACAACGGAAACACCGGAGAGAUCAGAGGUAUCAACGGCAGUGGUCGUUCGCCCAUCGCUCAGACCCUGGACUUCCUGGAAGGACGUGGUUACACUGCGGAGGCGCCUCCGUCGCCCACUGAUGCCUUGAAUGUCACAGUGCCAGGGGCCCCGGCAUGUUGGUGCGAUACCGUACAGCUGUUUGGUAGUCACAAGCUGUCCUUGCGGGAGGUUCUGAGUGGGGCGGUGGAGCUCGCAGAGGUGGGAUUUCCUGUCGCGGACGUGACGGCUCACCACUGGACAAAAUGGGUGGCUGCUCUCAGAGACGAUGGGAAGGAACUGGGUGGAGAGCUGCUGAUCGAUGGUCAUGCCCCCAGAUGCGGACAAGUAUUCAGAAACCCUACCCUGGCCCAGACCCUGAAGGAGCUGGGCGAGCGCGGCAAACCGGCUUUCUACCAGGGCAGAGUGGCCCGGGCGAUCGUCGACAUCAUCAACCAAAAUGGAGGAGUCAUGAACCCGGAGGAUCUCCGGGGCCACGACAGUGAGGUCAUCGCCCCCAUCAGCACAGAACACAAGGGUGUGCGUCUGUGGGAGCCGCCUCCUAACAGCCAGGGGUUGACCGCUCUCCUGCUGCUCAACAUCCUGGAGAACUUCCCCCUCAAAGCUGCAGGCCAUAACAGCUCUGACUACAUCCAUGUGCUGGCGGAGGCAGUGCGCUUGGCCCUGACGGACGCUCGGCGUUACCUGGGUGACCCAGACCAUGUGACCAUCCCUCUGGAAACCUUACUGGACAAGAGCUACAGCUGCCAGCGAGCGCAGCGCAUCUGCAUGGACAGGGCCAUGGAAGACGUGGAGCCUGGCCUGACAGCAGGAAGUGACACGGUCUAUUUCUGUGUGAUUGACAGUCAGGGCAACGCCUGUUCAUUUGUCAACAGCCUCUAUAUGGGCUUUGGGAGUGGGCUGGUCCCGAAGGAUUGUGGAUUCUCACUGCAGAAUCGCGGCGCCAGCUUUUGUCUGCAUCGCGGCCACGUGAACUGCGUCGCUGGGGGGAAGCGGCCGUUUCACACCAUAAUACCGGCACUCCUCACCGACUCCGCAACCACGCCCCCAAAACCACGACUCCUCGCUGCACUGGGGGUGAUGGGGGCGUUGAUGCAACCGCAAGGACACGUCCAGGUGUUGUUGAACAUGUUGGAGUUUGGGAUGAAUCCUCAACAAGCUCUGGACGCACCAAGAGUCUAUGUGCAAUAUGAGCACAAAGCUGCUCAGUGGUCGCUUCAUUUGGAGGAAGGGGUCGGCCACGAGGUAGCCGAGGAGCUGAGAAGGCGGGGCCACACAGUCAGCUGGCCAAUCACAGGCCACAGGAGGUCUCAGUUUGGGCGGGGCCAGGUCAUCACAGUGGGGGAUUGGUGGAACCCAUCUGUCAAUCAAGCUGAUGAUCCAUCCCGGGUGCUGUGGGCGGGAUCCGACCCCAGAGCAGACGGAUGUGCUCAGGGAUACUAGACACGCGUGACCUCCUCUCCUCUUGCUCGUCGAUAUAUAUUCCAAUAAAUUGAUCACUAAUGAUUCUGAACUGAAUUUCUACACAUGAACUUUAUAAAAAAGGUACUUUUAAUAUUUGACGGUGACAUAAUUUAAAGAUAUAGCCAAUGUUUUGUCUUUUUGUAUACGUAAUAACAGUGGUAGCCCAGCAUCAUAGAGUAACACAUUAACCCUUUAUUAUUUUGUAUAUAAUGUUUUUUGUUGUUGUUUUUUUUACACUGUUCUGUUUAUUCUUAAAUGUAGAACAACCGACCGUGAAAUAACUUUUUGUGACGUAGAAAAAGAAACCCUUCCUCAACCCCGUCUUUUGCUUGAGAUAUUUAUCUGUUUCAAAUGUCACUACUUGGAUGCCGCUGGUGUAGAAACAAUAUAAUUAAAAUUUAUAAAGCUCCCAAAUUGAGUGUAGAUAAUGUAAUUAUGUGAUAUGAAUGAAAUCAAUAAAUGCAUCUUUAUUCCGAUUUGUUUUGCAUCGUUCCUUUUGUUCCGACACCUUAAAGAUCAAAUAAAUGUAUCUGUAUUUCAAUUGA